UGGCUGUCAGGGGUUGGGGUAGCACUUCUGGCUACCACAUCCUGGCUCCAGCUUCUCGUCCCCCUGCCUCUUCUCCUUUGCUCAUUUAAAGCCACCAGCUACAGACUGUACUGAGGAGCCAGCAUGUCCCCCACAUUCAUCUCCUUGCUCUAUGUUGGACUGAGCCUGGGUCAGGCAGUGGAGGUGCCUAAUGGAUCUCUCUCUAAGCCCCACCUCCAAGCCCUUCCAGCUCCUGUGGUGGCCCCAGGGGGAGAUGUGACCCUCCAGUGCAGCAUGUCACCACACUCAUACCUCAAGGCUAUGACUUUCAUUCUGCAAAAGGGACAGAACAUGGAGCCCUUACAAACCAAGCCUGGAGAAGGGACAAAGGUUGAUUUCUGCCUCUUUUUUCUGAGGCCACAGGAUACUGGGAACUAUAGUUGCAUCUACCGUGAGACUACAGAUUCUUACAGGGUUUCAGAGCCCAGUGAGCCUGUAGAGCUCUGGGUAACAGAUAUCCUACCCAAGACCUUCCUGUCAGCCAAACCCAGUCAGCUGGUGGUUUCAGGAGGGAAUGUGACCCUCCUGUGUUGGGGGCCAAUUCAAGGUGUGAGAUUUGCUCUCUACAAGGAGGGAGAGAAAAGUUUUGUGAGCAUCAGAGAAUCCACCAAAGACAGGGCUGAGUUCCCUCUGACCCACGUGAACAUCACCAACAUGGGGAAUUACAGUUGCUGUUAUUACCUUGGACCAGACAGCCAUGUCUUGGCACUACCCAGUGAUCUCUUGGAACUUACAGUGCAAAGUGAGCAGGAUAUACUCUCUCAGCACACAGCUAAGACCCAGGUGUCCAGAUAUAUCAUGAUUGCACUCUGUCACAUUGGCAUCCUCUUCCUACUCUUUCUUCUUUUGGCAUUCCUAGGCCAUCAACACACCCAGACUGGAUCUCUCCCCAAGCCAUUCCUCUCAGCCCUGCCAGGUCCUGUGGUGGCACCAGGAGGGGAGCUGAUCCUCUGGUGCAGGAGGCCGUCAGAGUCAUUUGACUGGUUGGUGACAUUCAGUCUACUGAAGUCAGGGACCCAGGAACCCUUACAGAAGAAGGACCUAGUCUAUUCUCAGGCUAAGUUCUCCCUAAAGUCUCUGGGGGUCCAGGACUCUGGGAACUAUAGGUGCAUUUACUAUGAGACGUCAAGCCCACAUGUCAAGUCUGAACCCAGUGAUGUCCUGGAGAUCUGGGUGACAGUGCGGGGCAUGAGGUUUGCUCUGUACAAGUAUGGAGAGGAGGCACCUGUGGGCACCAGUGAGUGGACUCAAGAUGGAGCUGAAUUCCCUUUGAUCCAUGUGAGCAUCAAUCGGAGUGGAAGGUGUAGGUGCUGCUAUCUGCUUGUGACAGACAGCCCUAUCUUGGCCCUGCCCAGUGACUCCCUGGAACUUAUAAUACAAGGAAUGCAGGAUGCUGCCUCUGAGGUGACAGCAUGCAGAAAUAUUCUGAUCACCAUUGGCCGCAGCUCCAUCUUCUUCCUCCUUCUCGUCUUGGCUUUCCUUGGCUAUCGCUACACUCAGGCUGGAGGAGCCAGCAUGUCCCCCACAUUUAUCUCCCUACUCCUUUUUGGACUAAGCCUGGGUCAGGCAAUGGAGGUGCGUAAUGGAUCUCUCUCUAAGCCCCACCUCCAAGCCCUUCCAGCUCCUGUGGUGGCCCCAGGAGGAGAUGUGACCCUCCAAUGCAGCAUGCCACCACACUCAUACCUCAAGGCCAUGACAUUCAUUCUGCAAAAGGGACAGAACAUGGAGCCCUUACGAAUCAAGCCUGGAGAAGGGAUGAAGGUUGAUUUCUGCCUCUUUUCUCUGAGGCCACAGGAUACUGGGAAUUAUAGUUGCAUCUACCGUGAGACUACAGGUUUUUACAGGGUUUCAGAACCUAGUGACACUCUGGAGCUCUGGGUAACAGAUAUCCUACCUAAGCCCUUCCUCUCAGUGAAACCCAGCCAGCUGGUGGUUUCAGGAGGGAAUGUGACCUUCCUGUGUUGGGGGCAAAUUCAAGGUGUGAAAUUUGCUCUCUACAAGGAAGGAGAGGAAAGUUUUGUGAGCAUCAGAGAGUCCACCCAAGGUGGGGCUGAAUUCCACUUGAGCCAUGUGAACGUCACCAAUACAGGGAAUUACAGUUGCUGCUAUUACCUUGGACCAGACAGCCAUGUCUUGGCACCACCCAGUGAUCCCUUGGAACUUAAAGUGCAAGGGGAGCAGGGAAUACCCUCUCAGCACACAGCGUCCAGAAAUCUUCUGAUCAUACUGAGCUGCAUCUCCAUUCUCUUCCUUCUCCUUGUGGCUUUCCUAGUCCAUCAACACACCCAGACUGUGACUUCACAUGGACAGAUUCCAAGAAGAUUGCCAGAUUGCCUGUGUCUCUCUCAACAUUGCUCUUCCUACAACCCUGGAUCCCCCCAAGAGGAGUCUGCUUAUACACAGACUAAUGAAUGGAGACAGAGAGGGAUGACUGUCCCAGAGGGUGAAGAUUCCCAGGAAAUUACCUACAUUCAGUUGAAUAAAGGGAUCUUCAGUGAGGCACAGAUAGUAUUCCCUUCUAAGCCACUACUGGAGCCCAUCGUAUAUGCUACUGUUGCCAUGCAUUGUGGGGCAGAGCGGGACCAUCCCUGAAAAGUGAGCAUGUCAUCCAUGGCCAGGGGAGAAGAAACAAUCAAAAAUAAAUUCCUUUGUCCUA